AUGCGUCUAGUGGACGUGAAAAAGACAGUUCUCAAAUUGGGCUCAUUACGGGUACCCAUAAAAGAGACGACACGACCUGAAUUAGUUCCAGCCCGAUAUGGCGUGCACGAAGUUAAAGUUCCUGAUGAAGCGUUGAGCCAUUUGAAGUGGUUACUGCAGAAGGAAAUUUUGGGACAGGACGUGUUUCUUAUUGGAGUCCCGGGUGCACUACGUUCUGACAUCGUAUUACAGUAUCUUGAGUUAUGUAAUCGUGAAUACGAGUAUCUUGCUAUUACUAGAGACACCACAGAGAGCGAUAUCAAGCAAAGACGAGAGAUUCGUAGUGGUACAGCAUUCUACACCGACCUUGUAUCCACUACAGCAGUAUUCACUGUUCAGUGUGCAGUACGAGCAGCCCUUCAUGGACGCAUCCUAGUCAUCGAUGGCGUGGAAAAAGCCGAGAGAAACGUGUUACCGAUUCUGAAUAACUUACUGGAGAAUAGGGAAAUGCAACUUGACGAUGGCCGUUUUCUCAUGCGACCCGACAAGUAUGAUAAACUUAUAGGGAACUAUACGAUCAACGAACUGAGAGAGAUGGGCAUCGAACGGGUGUCUGAGCGUUUCCACGUUAUCGCCCUUGGACUUCCCGUUCCACGGUUUCAUGGCAAUUCUCUCGACCCACCAUUGCGAUCCAGAUUUCAAUGCCGCAACAUUGCUGAACCUUCAUUCGAGGCUGUUCGCCAACUUUGCACCACGCUAGCUCCAAAUGUGAACUCGAAUUCGAUCAACGAUCUUCUUUCACUAUUGUACGCCAUAAACUCGCAGCCUGAUCUGGGUUUAUCCUUAGUUCCCCUGGAAAAAGCAGAAAGGAUCAUGAGGAUUUGGAACAUCAAUCCGUCAUAUUCACCCGAGAGUAUGUUCAAUUUAAUGUACCCAUACAAGAGCAUGUUCAAGGAGCAUCAUAUCAAGGUUACAGAAGAAUUUAUCGAAAAGUUCAUCUCUGAGGUUGGUACCUUACCUACAUUUAUCAUAGUUUUGUUAAUAAACAACUCCAUAGUAUCACGUUGUCCAUUAUCCAUUCAGCGAAGCAAGUCGUCUGAACCAGCUGCAUCUAUAACUCGUGUAAGUCCUUCGGACAAAGGAACCUCAACGACUGUGGAGGUGUCCUUUGAUCAGUCUAGGACGAAGCGGACAUUUUCGACUGAAGUGAGCGGAAAGCCCUCGUCUGAAGACCGUAGCUUCGUCUCAACGCCUAGCCAGGAGGCUUUACUUGCCGACCUUGCAGUAGCUCAUUCUCAAGGAGAUUUCGCUUUACUAGGUGCCAAAGGUACGGGAAAAACCAAGCUGAUUGCUGAGCUAGCCGGCCGACUAGGAUUUAAUACUGAUACGAUGAUAUUGUAUCAGGAUAUGAACGCUCGAGAACUUCUUCAACGGCGUCGAAUGUUGGAUAACGGGGAUACACUGUGGGAGGAUAGCCAGUUGGUUGCAGCUGCUAAGCGUGGAGAUGUCUGUGUUCUCGAUGGAGCAGAAAGAUUACCCAAGGGUCAGCUAUGUCAGGUCCAUUGGAGUGCUUUGGAGUCGUUAGCAAGUCUAUGUUACCAUCGUACGCUGUUUCUACCGGAUGGAAGUCGUCUAGUUGGUUCUGAUGAAUUCGACAACAUCCAGAAAAAGACAGGAAAUGACGAGGAACACUUGAAUUCUCGGUAUGGGCGUCCCUGUCAUAUUCGAUUGCUGUUUGAUGAGAUUUAUCCCUGUUUCAGAGGAGUCUUCCGAAUUCCGAAAUCGUUCCGCCUGGUCCUCAUUGGCAGUUCUUCCUUAACCGAGAACAAAUGGUUAAAUGAGACGGUAAUCAGCCUCAUGCCAUUUUUCACUAUGCAGAAGCUUAGUAUCGAUGAUCAGUGCAAAAUACUUCAGGGCUUGGUUCCUGCCGAAGCAAGUGAAACUACUCGAAAGUUAAUCGAGUUUGUUGACAAACUUCAAUCAUCUGGAGAUGCUUCUUUACGUGGUGUUGCUGAGUCACUGUCAAUCCGUAAACUAAUCCACAUCGCUAAACGGGAUUGCUUGCAUCCGGGAGAACUUCGGGAUCUAAUAGAAAAAGCUGCUUUAGCAAGGUUUCUCCCGUCAGUUACUCGGUUAGCCUUUCACACUGAACUCGAUAAAGCGGGCUUCGUGAAGAAUCCAUCGAGCACGGAUGAGCUCUCGGACGACUUGAAGUAUCUUUUGGACAAGAAUGCUGUUGAAGAUAAAAAGGAAACAAUGAUACCUGAUGUUCUGUUCUAUGAAAACGAUCAGCAUAUGAGCGUGAUCCGGGAUAUGGCACGUGAUAUGAGAUUAGGAGCACAUCUUCUGCUAAUAGGAAACCAAGGAGUUGGAAAAAACAAGAUCACAGACCGCUUCCUUCAUCUGAUUCAGCGGCCUCGGCAGUAUAUGCAAUUGCAUCGAGAUACUACGGUAGAAUCAAUAACAAUGCAAACUACUGUAGAAAACGGAAUUUUACGAUACGAAGAUUCCGCUCUUGUACGAGCAGCUCGAGCAGGUCAUGUGCUAGUCAUCGACGAGGCUGACAAAGCACCUCUCCAUGUUAUCGCUAUUCUGAAGAGCCUUCUAGAUUCCGGAACACUUCUACUGGGUGAUGGAAGAAGAAUACAACCAGCAUCCGCUCCUCCCUGUGACCGCAGCAUUCCUCUGCACCCCGACUUCAGAAUUAUUAUGCUGGCUAACAGACCCGGAUUCCCAUUUCUUGGUAGUCCUUACUCUACUUACUCGAGUCAGCUGAGAAGAACUGUUUCCUGUUUUCUAGGCAAUGACUUAUUUGGUUUGCUCGGUGAUCUCUUCUCUGUGCAUACUGUGGACAAUCCUGAUCGAGAUAGUGAACUGGAAAUGCUCAAAAAAUAUGCUCCUGGUAUGAAACUUUAUAUAAUAUUAUGUUUAGUAGAGCGUGGCACCUUACUUUUGACACUGAGAGAUGUUGAGGAUGGCACACUCUUGAAAUUGAUGGCUGCAUUCACGGAGCUCCGCGAAAUGGCUGAUGAAGGUCUACUACAGUAUCCAUACUCAACAAGGGAACUUGUUAAUAUAGUGAAACAUGUUAAUCAAUUCCCCAAUGAUUCGCUCAGUACGGUUAUAAGAAAUGUCUUCGAUUUUGAUGCCUUUACCUCAGAUGCCAUCGCUACUAUUCAAACGGUGUUUCAAAAGCAUGGCAUUCCGUUCGGUGUUAAACGACCGAGGGAACACGUUUUUGUGUCGCAUAGAUUCCCCAUUGAACCAUCCUCAUCGAUUGGGGAAUGGGGAGCGGUCGAUAAUGUUGUGCCAAUCGAUGUGAAAACAAGCGUGGCUUCGAUAAAUGCCAAGGCUCAACCGCUGAAGGCAAAGUCAUUGAAAUUAAUCAAGGAGUAUGUACGUACUCAACAAUUUACAGAACAGGAAUGCGCCUGGCAAAUACCAAUGCUGGAUGUGAACAUAUGCUCCGAUGGUUUGGUGUUAGGGAAUUCGUUGAUUGUUGCUACUGUGAACCCUACUCGUAUUUACGUUGUAAAAGACUUGUAUUUAACGGAUGAGGUAUUCGAAAUCGAUAUUUCUUCAAUGCUCUCCCAUCAUAAUCUCCUGAAAUAUGAGCCAAGGAUUAGACUAGCUCAGUAUGGAGAGGGAUCGUUCCUUGUCCAUGAAGAAGUGUCAGGUUCAAUUUUGUUGGUGGACUUGAACAGGAACACGAUACAACGUAUCGAUUUGGGAGAGUCUGCACUGUCAAACUUUGCAAAUAGGUUCCUGAAAUCUGAGCGACGCCUUGUUCAAGGAGGUUGCCCUCUCCUUUAUACACGUGAAGGCAAUCAAAUUUCCCGUUUCGAACCUGGCGGUACUAUCACUCAGAUGACGUUGGGAGGUGAAAUAAGCAAAGUGUUCCCCGUUGGAAGUGACAAAAUUCUCGUCAAAAUGAAGAGCGCAACAGAUGUCAUUGGAAGUGUCAAACCCACCCCGUCCAACGUUGUGGAUGGCCGCAGACCGUACUAUUUGUCAGACGACGUUGUCAAGAAAUUCAUAGAUCCCUACAGGAAUCUCAUAGCUCUGCGUGAGGGAGUCGUUGUCAGAGCUCAGCCCAAAUGGAAAGUGCCAAAGGAUGCCGCCGGAGAAGGAAGAGUCAACGUUCAUGAGAUCGGUGGCUUUCUGGAGGCCGUGAAUGCCGACAACGGUUUCGUUCAAUACAUUCCAGUACCGGAACCACGUUAUCAUAGCUACCACGGCCCUUGGUGUGCUACAAUUUCUCAAACUCCAUUUAUUAUCGUUCCGUAUAACGAUGAAAGGAUGCUUACGAUAGACACAUGCGGUGGAGUGCGUUCUUACGAACUUUCCCCGAACACAUUGGGGAGGGCAUUCUUCGAAUGGAAUCGUCUUGUAGGUGGAGAAGACGAUCAUAACUUGCGNGAAAAUACCCCUCAUCAUGGUGGAAAUCAAUGGAUGGGAGGGACGGGUGGAUAUUCGACAGCUGGUUUAGGAGGCGUCGGCGGUCCAUUCAGACUUGAUGCUGGUCAUGAUGUACAUCAGAUGCCCGAUUCAGUAAAGAAACAAGUACCUGAUUAUGUUUUGAAGAAAGCUAGAGAAGUAGCAAAAGCGGAAUACCAGAAGAGAUUGAAGGAGAUCGCAAUGUCAGAGUAUGAUGCAGAUGCCUAUAUGACGUUUUGGAACAAAAUUGAAAAGCAUUCCAAUCAUUUACGGUCAAUCAUCGAACAAUUGGAGGCUAAAAAGAAGGAACGCCAAUGGGCUCGACAUCAAACGUCUGGAGAUUUGGAUGAUGGAAAACUCAUAGAAGGAAUAACCGGAGAACGGAAUAUCUACAGACGACGCCUAGAUAAACGGCCAGAACCGGGAGCCCCACAGCUGAAACCAAAACGAAUGCAGUUAUGUUUUGACGUAUCCGGAUCGAUGUAUAGAUUCAAUGGAUAUGAUAAACGACUACAAAAAUCACUUGAAGUCGCUUUAAUGGUCAUGACAUCGUUUGAAGGGAAACAAGAAAAAGUAGCUGUAAGUACUUGUACGAACUGUCUUGUUAGUUUUUGUACGGAGGUUUGA